AUGUUGACGCCAGAGGGCACUGAAAUGGGUGCACGCAUCUGGCAUCCGGUCAGUACGAGCAGUGCCACGGCGACAACAGCGAUAACAGCAGUCAGUCCGAUCUCAACUAGUCAGCAGAGCAUUAUCCUCAGCGACACGGCAACAACACAGUCUACCACAGUCACGGGCUCGGUUUCGAGCAUACGUUCAUCGCCCAGUGCCGUGGCAUUGGACCAACACUCAUCCUCAUCCUCGGGCCUGUCGGAAGGUGCCAAAGUCGGCAUCAUUGUUGUAACAUGCUCAGCGGCGAUUUUGCUGGUGCUGUUCGGCUUGGUUGAAUUGUUCUUGAGAAGACGGCGGGAUUUGAGGUAUAUGAGGCGGAAGGAGCAGGGCGAUAAAGUGGGAGAGGAAGAUGAUGGUCUGGGGGGAUGGCGAUGUCUAGGGUGA